GUUGCGAACACACACUCCACUCACUCAAUAUGAGCGUGCCAUCUUUGCAUAGCCGGAUGUCAGUCAAAGACCCCCAAAACAAAAGCGAUGACGUUGAACAAGACGUUAAUGGGGAGAAGCACAUUUCAGAAGCAAGUGGAACUAUAUCAGAAGACAUAGAAACGCCGGAGCUCGACGCAACCACUCCCGUUCCGAUAACAUCUUCCGUUCUACAACGGGUAAUAACAGGGCGCUCUGCUUCCUCUUAUGUUGAUCCUGGUCCUCCACCUGAUGGCGGACUCCGAGCAUGGCUCAUCGCAGUCGCCGGACUCUGCGUGAUUUUCAAUUCGUGGGGAUACAUUCAAACAUUUGGAGUGUUCCAGACAUACUACGUCACUUCGCUAUCUGAGAGCCCAUCUACGAUUUCUUGGAUUGGUAGUAUACAGAUCUUCCUCUUGUUUUUCGUGGGACCUUUCUCAGGACGUGCGACUGAUGCUGGAUAUUUUCGUCUAGUCUUUUGGGCCGGAUUGUUUGCACAGCUUCUGGGAGUCUUUAUGACAAGCUUGGCUUCAAAAUAUUGGCAGCUGCUGCUGGCACAAGGCGUCUGUCAAGGCCUAGGAAAUGGACUGCAGUUCGUUCCGACAAUGAGUCUGGUGAGCACAUACUUUGACAAGAAUCGCUCGCUUGCUAUAGGGCUCACUGCUGUUGGAGCUGCUUUUGGAGGACUGGUAAUGCCGGCAAUGGUACAGCAGCUUCUGCCUAAGAUUGGAUAUGGAUGGACCGUUAGAGCCCUAGGAUUGGUCAUUGCCACGCUAGGGAUAUUCGCUGGGAUCACACUAAAGCCUAGAGUGGCAGCGAGGAAAUCUGGACCAUUGGUCGAGUGGACAGCUCUCAAAGAGCCCCCAUUCGCAUUGUUUUGCAUGGCAAUGUUUCUCAACUUCUGGGGAGUGUACUUCCCCUUCAUAUAUAUCGGCUCGUACUCUCGCAAGAUCCUUCACACCAGCUACUCCGCGUCUAUCUCACUACUACUUGGCAUGAAUGGGGUCAGUGUGAUUGGACGUCUUAUUCCCAAUGUUAUCGCGGACCGAUCUCUUGGCCCUAUUACUACCAUGACACUCUCGUCUUUGAUCAGCGGUAUUGUUACAUUUUGUUGGGCAGCUGUCCACGAUGUACCUGGACUAUGGGCCUUCGGUACCUUCUUUGGAUUCUUUUGUGCCGGAAUUCAGAGUUUAUUUCCUGCCUGUCUUGCAUCACUAACACCGGAUUUGCAGAAAAGAGGUGCAAGAAUGGGAAUGGGUUUCGCAAUAGCUGGGAUUGCGAGCUUGACUGGGUCGCCGUUAGGUGGUGGCCUUGUACAAGCUGACCAUGGUUUAUAUCUCUAUGCUCAGAUGUGGGCUGCUUCGAGCUUUAUUGCUGCAUCGACGUUCUUGUUUGCAAGCCGCUGUUGUGCUGUUGGGCUCAGUUUUAAGCUCAAAUAUUAGGCUUCGAUUUGAGUCUUAUAGGCAGCAUAAUUUCAAGCUGAAUUAGGAUGUGUGGGAAAAUUUAAAAAAGAAAUGUACUGUUCUCGGAAGCUAUGGCUGUUAUAGUGAUUCCAGAAAGAGCGCAAUGUGCUUGACCAAUAGUAAUGUACGACUCCGUCCAAUAAGUCAAAAAGGUAUAGAAAUAGUAA